AUGAAAGCUGUAGCAGAUUGGUUUGUGUAUAUGGAGGGGGAAGUUGGAGCUGUUGCUAUAGUUCAUUCUUACGAAGAUGGCGUUCCACCUGGCUCUCAACAACCAAGACUGAAUGCUCUUAAUGUUCCUCCUAUGGGUUUGUCUACCCUAUCUAUGCUUUUGGUUCCAGACGUGUUUAGUGAUUAUGAGGAUAUGCUGGAAGAGACUCGAGACUUUCCCAGAAGAACUGACGUGCUGAUGGCUACUUCCCUGGCAGCAGUGGAUUUUUCCCCAUGUGGGAAAGCUGCCCAAAAUUUCAAAAGAAGCCAAAGAAAGAGGAUGAUAUUGGUCUUGCACAUGGUAUUACAAAGAGAAUUCUUUCAACAGGUAGAUUUUAAUUUCAUUUACGUGCUCAAGUGUUGUACAUUUGAUUUGCUUCUGUUUGACUUCUUUGGAUUCCAAAAUGUCAUGGCGUAUAGACCUACAGAGAAAGUUGUUUUUGUAGCAUGCAACUGGUGUCUGAUAGGUGGAAUAGCUCUGACUGAGGGUAUUGUUCCUGCUGUGGAACAGAGAUUGCUUUGCAAUGUUUCAAAGGUCUUCAGGACAUUAUUGCUAUCCCUGGAUUGGACAAAUUAUGCAAAGAGGAUCAUUCAACCAUUGCAAGCUAGCAAAAUCGUGAAAAAUUGCGUUCGAAUCUUAGUUUUCUGGCCUCCUUAA